UAAUUAGGGAAUUUUAAUAAUCUGGGAAUGUUUGGUGGAAUAAGUUAUUUCCUGUCAAUUUGGAAAUCAAUUGUUGACCUUGAAUUUUGAUCGAACACGGUGACGUAAAAAUUUACAUACAUAAACUCAUUUUACUUAAAACUUUCUUGUUUCACGAUUGUGCGUUCAUUCCUAACGUUUUUCCAAUUUGGUGGGUUGCCAAAAUAACAGGAAAAUGUCUCAGAUUGAGGUGUAUACGACAAGCAACAAAAAACUGGGCGAUAUUUCUGUAACUGAUAGCACAACGGUUAAGGAAAUUAAAACUAAAAUUGCUGGUAUUUCCAAAUUAACUGUGUACAGGCAGUCUUUGAGGGCGGAAAGUAAAGGCAAAGACCUUAAGGACGACUUAACUGCAGGCAGCUUAAAUUUAAAAAACACCAGGAAAAUUUUCGUUAAGGAUUUGGGGCCACAAAUUGGCUGGGACACAGUGUUUUUGCUUGAAUAUGCUGGACCUCUUGUACUUUAUGGAAUUGUGGCUUAUAGACCAUGGCUGUUUUAUGGUACACAAGAACCUAACACCGGAUUGUCCACAACAGCUUUAAUUGCAUUGGGUUGUUGGUCUGUGCACUAUUCCAAAAGAAUUUUGGAGACUAUAUUCGUACACAGGUUUUCCCAUGGAACUAUGCCUCUCCGUAAUCUCUUUAAAAAUUGCUCUUACUACUGGGGCUUUGCCGUUUAUGUAGCAUACCACACAAACCACCCUUUGUUUACACCACCACCGGUUUUGUUUCAAAUUUUGGGCGUUGUUAUCUUUGCUAUAAGCGAGAUGGGAAAUUUGAGUAUUCAUAUUUUGUUGCGUAACUUGCGCCCUCCAGGCACUACAGUGCGUAAAAUUCCAGUGCCCAAUGGCAACCCUUUGACCAAAUUGUUCGAUUUGGUUUCAUGCCCAAAUUACACCUACGAGUUUGGAGCUUGGUUAGGGUUCACAUUGUUAACCUCUUGCGUUCCAGCUGCUUUGUUUGGUAUUGCUGGAUUAUUCCAAAUGUCCAUUUGGGCUCUGGGAAAACAUCGAAAUUACAAAAAAGAAUUCCCCAACUACCCAAAAUCCAGAAAAGCUAUUCUACCUUUUGUUUUAUAAAUAAUUAUAAUUAUCUUUUAAUUUAAUUAAUUUUAUAUUUAUGUUAUUUAUAAAUUAGUUUUUUGUACAAGGUUUUUCGUUUUUGUAAAAGGUUGUUAGUUAAUAAACAUAUUUAAUUCUUAAAUAUGGGACUGAUGUUUUU